ACUGCUCAUGAAGUCAAACGUGUUUUGAUAUUCUGUUUUUGUUUGUUGUUUUGUUUGCAUUUUCAAGGCUAAUGGAGGUGUGUGUCAUUGCCAAGUGCACAUAUAAGUCGGAAACCAUCAUGUUUUCAGUUUCAUCAGAGUCAUCCAUGGUUGAUAUUUUGAAGACUUUGUGUCUGAGGUUUAGGGGUUUGCAGUUGGGUUGUUUCACAUUACGGUAUUCGGUGCCCAGUUAUCCGAGUUGUUUUCUAGAAACGGAUAGCGAUUUGGACUUGAUGAGGACAUUUUUGUUGAUAUCAAAUGAGAAGACUGUUGAUAUUUUAGUGAAGGAUUUAUGUGGGAGCAGUGAAUAUAGUGGUGAUUUUUGUGUAAAUAAGGAGUUGAUAGCAUGUGAAAAGGGCGAGUCGUCGUGUUCUAGUACUGUCGAAGACAGAAACGAGUUUUUGGGCAGGUCGAGGAGAGCAAGUGCUAAGCCUUUGUUGUCGAAUGAGUGGGAGACAUACAUACAUCAUGUGGGGCAGAAGUUUGACGGUGGUGCAGAGGAGUUCCGGUUGAAAUUGUGCAAGUACGCUCUUGAAGUAGGAUUUAAUUUUGAAUAUGCCGGCAAUGACAAGAAGCGGGUGGUUGCUGUUUGUUCGAAUAAGAAAUUGGAGGGUUGCAGCUGGCGUGUUUAUGCUUCUCGUUGUGAAGCUACUGGCAGUUUUGUAAUUCGGACGUUAAAUAAUGUUCAUACAUGUGCGGGUCGGAUACGGGAAUCAAAGAGUAAGAUGAUGAGGUCUCGUGUGGUGUCCUCCCUCAUUGUGGACAGAAUUCGUGCAAAACCAGAGCUGAAGCCAGUUGAGAUUAUACACGAGUUCAAAGAUUAUUAUGGUAUAGACAUUUCAUACUACCACGCAUGGUUUGGCAAAGAGUUAGCUAAAUUGGACGUUCACGGUGAUGAGUCGAAGUCCUUCAACGAGUUAGUGUGGUAUGUGGACGCCGUAAAGGAAACUAACACUAGUUCUCUUUGCACUCUUGAUUGUGAAGCUGGAAUUAAUCGCUUUCGACGAGCAAGUACAAGGGGCAGCUUCUGUGUGCUUUCGGGAAAGAAUGGAAAUCAAGGGUUUUAUCCUCUAGCUUUUGGAGUUGUUGAUUCUGAGACAGAGGAGAAUUGGACUUGGUUUCUUCAACAUUUGGCUUCUAUAUUGCUACCGAUGGGGAGAGUGGUGACCUUUUUCUCGGACCGCAAUCAAGGUUUGUUAAAUGCAAUGGGGUUUGUGUUUCCCGGAUGGCCUCAUUCUUACUGUUAUUAUCACCUCAAACAGAAUUUGAUAUCAAAGUACCCGAAGUCAGGUUAUGGGAAACUGCUCCAAGACCGUGUUAUCAAUUUAUUUAGUAGAUGCGCAUAUGCUGUUACGGAGGAAGAGUUUAAGGUAGCAAUGGAGGAGUUGGUGAUUGUUGGGAGUUCGAAAGUGAAGACAUUUAUAUCUGAUUUGUCUAGAGAUCACUAUGCCAACGCAUUUUUCAAAGGAAUGCGUUAUGGGGAGAUGGCAAACAGUUUAGCGGAGUCCUUUAAUAAUUGGGUUGGUGUGUUUCGAGAUUUGCCGGUGCUACCUUUGAUAGAAGGGAUUCGACAGAAAUUGAUGGUAUUGAAUUCUCAACGAAGAAUUGAAGCGGAGAAGUGGACAACAGUUUUGUGUCCGGAGAUGGAGACUAGACUUUGUGAAAAUGCAGAGGCCGGUAGGACUUGGGCAGUUCGUCGUUCUAAUAGCACUGUUUUUGAAGUAUUUGCUGAUUAUUCUGUGAUGGUUGAUCUCGAGCAAAGGACUUGUUCUUGCCGUCUUUGGCAAAUUGACGGUUUUCCUUGCACAUAUGCGGUGGCUGCAAUCCUAGCAAAGAGAGAUUCAGUUUAUGAUUACGUGGAGUGUUACUACAAAACCGACUUCUUUCGAAAAGCCUAUGAGAGUCCUAUUUUUCCUAUUCCAGAUAUUGGGAAAGGAUUGGGCAGCAAUGGUUCUGCCGCUGGAGUUGUGCUUCCGCCAAUUACAAAGAGGCCAGCCGGAAGACCACCAACAAAGAGGAUCAAAGUUUUUGGUGAAUUUAAAAGGCCAUUGAAAUGCAGUCGGUGCAGUGUUGCUGGGCACAAUAGGAAGACUUGCAAGGCUAUUAUAUGA